AUGUGGGCGUGGCAACAUCGCUCAGAAUGCGAGCACCGAAAUUCCAUCAGGCACAACCUGUCGCUGCACCAUUGUUUUCGCAAUCUCAAACGCGAGGAGAAGGGCAAGGGAGGCUAUUGGGAGCUGGGAGUGGAUCCCAAGAAAUGUGAUAGAAAACGCAUUCGCAAUCGCAAAACGACCCAAUCGAAGUUAAACCCAGCUUCGGAUUUGUCCAAAAAUCAAAGUCCAUUGUCAAAAUAUCAAUUCGCCGACAAUGCAAUAAGAUCCCACAUGACUCAGGACUCACAUACGCCGGAUGAGAAGCCCAAAAAUUCCCGGCUUGAUAGUUCCGACAAUAACAUGGCCGAGCAGGAUAUGCAAUUGGAUUGCCUAACCCUAACGGAGGUGGAGGUUGGCUUGGGGCUGACAUUACCAAAUGUUCUGAGUCCUCGGGCGCACGAUCCUGACGCCACUUUCUUAUACCCGGAUACAUUUGCGGCUACCCUGACCACAAACAACGAAGCCUUUCAUCUGCAGCAGCAAUACGAGCUGGGCACCAUUAUAAUUAGCACGACGGGCAUCCUGGAGGAACCUUCUUGCCUGAAUAGCCUCAUCAGCAACAAGUUCGGCUGCUCUAAUAUGAUCUACACGGAGGAUGAGAUUCCCACAACAAGUAAGAAUGUCAUCAUUUCGUCGCAUAAAAUGGAUGCCAAUAAAGAUGCGAAUGUGGCAUUGAUUGCCAGCCCUGAGAUGCCCAUCCCUGGUAGCUUUACCAUCAAUUGCGAUUACUCAAAUUUUCGACCAUUUAUGGACAGCGUCGAUGAGCCCUACGGUUAUCUCCAGAGCAGUGAGAUAAAUCGGAAUGAGGACAUUUUGGAUAACCUGCUCGACGUGUGUGUUAGAGAUUAUUAAUAUUGACAAUAUCGCCAAAUUAAAGUGCACGU